UCUUCUCUUUAUUACACUCCCUUUCUCUCUAUCUUCUGCGCUGUCUACUGCCAUUCCCCCCUCUCUCUCUCUCUCACACACAUCACGCACUAGUAAGUGAGAGAGAGAAAGAUAGAGAGAGAGAAUGAGGAGAUUACGAUAUCGAACAAAGUCAGUCUAGAGAGAGAAAGAGAGAGAGAUAUGUACUGAAAAUCCACAACAAAAUCAGCUAUCACCAUCGGAAAAUUUUCUUUGUAGCCGUUUAUCGUUUUUUUGCUAAACCGGGUUUGAUUCGCCGGCGAUGAACGAACCGGGUUUCCCAGGGUUUCCGCCGCGCCACCUCGACCCGGCGGCGCAAGAAUUCAUCCCCGCCGCCUCCUUCGCCGUGGCGGCCCACCCCCAAAUUUUCUUCCCCUACCCGCAGCCGGCGGUCUACGACAUCGGAUACGGCCGGCCGGCGUUCGUCGCCGCCGCCGCCCCGCCCCCGGCCGAGCCUCCGCCGCCGCUGCCGGUCUCCUUACCCCCGUCGUCGGCCACCCCGUCCCGGACCUUGCUCCUCAGCAUGGUCCCGGCCUCCGUCAGCGAGUCGACGGUACGCCGCGAAUUGGAAGUCUUCGGCGACGUCCGCGCCGUGCAGAUGGAGCGCCGCCGCGAGGGUUUAGUAACGGUCCACUUCUACGACGUACGCGAUGCCCAGGCGGCGCUGGUGUCGAUUCAGGAGCAGCACAUGCAGCAGCAGUUCCGCCUCGGCCGCCAUUACGAGGCCGUCCUGAGCAAUUCCGUCGGACUUGCGAUGGCGGCGGCGCCGCUCCCUCCCCAGGCGGCGCGUGGGCUCAUCUCCGGGCGCGUGGUGUGGGCCCAGUACAUAAACGCGGUGACCUCUGGUCUACCCGAUGGCAACAACCAAGGCACCAUUGUCAUAUUCAAUUUGGACUCCGCCGUCUCCUCUUCUCACCUCCAACAGAUUUUCCAGCAAUUCGGGCCCGUGAAAGAGCUCAGAGACACACCAAACAAAAGGAACCAAAGGUUUGUGGAGUUCUACGAUGUCCGCAACGCUGCAAAAGCUAUGGCGGAGAUGAACGGCAAAGAAAUCUUCGGGAAGAAUCUCGUCAUCGAAUUCAGUCGUCCCGGCGGCCAUUACUGCAAGAAAUUCUGGAGAGGAUCUCAGAAUAAUAACGAUUCUCCGAGGAAAUCCAUAUAUCCGAAUUCUCCCAAUUAUCAUCAUCAUCAUAAUCAGACAUCUCCGGUUUCUCCGACGCGGCGGCCGGAAAGCAGGCAUUUUCUCCGGGCGGCGGCGGGCCGGAGCUACCGGUCGAGAGGAAACCCUAGCGGCGGCGGGAGCGGGAGCAAGAGUUCAAGCAGCGGGGCGUCGUCGAUUCAUGAAUCGGUGAGCAAUUUAUGCAUUAAUGACGAGUGUUCGAGCGGGAGAAUCAGCAGGAAGAACAAUGGCGCCAGGAAAGGAGAAAGCUCCGCCGCCGUUAACCACGGCGGCGGCGGCAGGCCGUGGAAAGGCGGCGGCGGACGCCAUGGGAAGGAUCACGACCCGCGGUUUCUUAUCAAUGAAGAUGCGAUAAUGGUGGAUUUGAAUUGCAGUAGGGAUUCGAGAACCACUGUCAUGAUCAAAAACAUCCCCAACAAGUACAGUCAGAAGCUACUGCUGAACAUGCUGGACAAUCACUGCAUUCACUGCAACGAGCAGUUGGCCGCCGGCGACGGCGGCGGCGAUGGCGGCGAAGAACAGCCGUUGUCUGCUUACGAUUUCGUCUACCUACCCAUUGAUUUCAUCAACAAAUGCAAUGUCGGAUAUGGCUUCGUCAACAUGACAUCUCCUGAGGCGACAUUGAGGCUCUACAAAGCUUUUCAUCAUCAAAAUUGGGAGGUUUUUAAUUCGAGAAAAAUCUGUGAAGUUACCUAUGCCCGAUUGCAGGGAUUGGAAGCUCUGAGGGAGCAUUUCAAGAACUCCAAAUUCCCCGACGACGCCGAGGAGUAUAUGCCGGUGGUGUUCAACCCUCCCCGCGACGGCCGGACGCUCACCGAACCGGUGCCGAUCAUCGGCCGCCCGCCGGCGCCGGCGCCGGCGCUGCUGCUUGCUUCACCGUCUCCCUCUUCUCCGGCGAGCUCGAAGGCUCAAUCAGACACUACCCAGGUCGAAGAAGAUGGCGACGACGAAGAAGACGGCGGAGUCUGCCGGAGCUCCGACGACUGAUUCGCGGGGCGGACCCAAAUCUCGUUAAGAAAUUAAUCAAUCGAUCACCCCUCUCAUCUUCUCCAAACUGCCGCCGGCCAUCUCCAUUGGAAUUGUCGUCGAGCUCCGAGCCCUAAAAGCAAUGGCGGCAGUGCCUACCCGAUCGAUCGGGCCUGAGGCUGAACUCGUCUCCCCUUCGUGCGUGUGUAUCUAAUCUCGUAUAAUCCGAAAUGUUGGAAUGUUUUUUGAUUGUAUGGUCGGUAUAAACAGUAGCAGCAGCAGCAGCAGCAGGCAUAGAUGUGUUCUUAGGGCUUUCUUAAAGCUCUGUACUUUUUGCUUCCUUUUUACUUAUCACUGUCGCAAAAAAUAUUUACUUAUCUUUGUUUAUGUCACAAUUUCUUGU